GAUGAUCAGCUCCAGGAAAGGAAGUGAAAAGGGGGAAAGCCAGCCACCUCCAGCAUACCUAACUCACUUCAGUGCCUCCACCAAGUCCUGGGAUUCCAAUCUGGAAUCAUGGAGCCAUGUGAGUGAGGGAUGCUAACUCCUAACAAGUAGAUAAAGCCAAAUUCAAACCCAAGAUUAGGUCAGACCAUCAGAUAUUCCAAAUUCCAUAGGUCUUCCCCAGGGCAGAUGUUGGACUCAAAUCUUGUCACAACAGAGGGAGAGCCCCUUGCUGGCAGAAGCAAAGAUACCUAUCCAGCACUGCCCUUGGCACUUGGACGGUCCCAGUGGCACAUUCCCAGCACUCAGUACAAGAUCCAGGCCCAGCCUUCUGCCCCCAUACCAAGCCCACUCCAAAUCUGCCCCUGGAGCCCAGCCAGAGCCAUGGGUUGGGCAGGCCCUUAGGAGGGAACUCACAGCCAAUUCCUGCAGCUGUCCACCUGUGGUGCCUCUGUGAGACCAGGAAAGGUUUGCGUGAGAGGAGCAGCACAGGGUAAAGUCCUACUGAGCCCGCAGUGAGAACACUGUGUUACCCCAAAUGGUGACAAACACUGGGCCAGAGGUGAUCAAGGAUCUGAAGAAAGGUGUUUUAGGAGAACCCUCACCCUUCUCAGCCCUGUUAUGUGCCUUUGAGGGUUGCCUAUGCAGACAGCAUCAAGAGCAGAAGGGGUGCAGGUCACAAAUGGUUUCCUUAUCACUGGCCUGCGGAGAGUGGUGCUCUCCAUUUCCUUCCCCAACCCUAGGGAACUGCAUUACAGGGUUCCCUACAUUUUGCUCCCACCUUUGUGAAGCAUCCCCUUACCUAGACUUCUUCUGAUUAUCCUUAAUUGAGACUAUCUUCUGUUUCCUGUUGGGGUCCUUGACAGACAGGACCACCCACCCUCGAUCCCCUGGAUUGAUCUGGUUUGCAAUAAUGAGCCAUGCCUCUACAUAGUUCAGUCUUUAGGUUUAGAAACAUGGGCAGAACUUUGUGUCCCAUAACCCUCUCUUACCUCCGGCUGGAGCCAAGCAUGGAGCCAUUUUGUUCACUUUUAGUCUGUUCCCGUACACUGGCAGACCUUUCUCAGGUUCCACGUACAAGUGGCUCAGGUAAUAGCCUCAUUUCCCCCAGGGCAGUACUCCUUUGUGACUUCACCCACUGAAGUCACCCCGGAGACAGUGCUGAAUGUUCCAUGCUAGAGUCUUGGCCUCUUAGGAGGCAGGGACAGCAGGCCUGGCCAGCUCAGAGGACUCUCUGUCCACAGUGUAAAUGAGGACGCUGCUGGCCCAUGUCUGGCAGGGAUGUAGAGGGCAGCCUCAGAGGCACUGGGCACUCCCGGAACCAUGGAUGACGCUGCCGUCCUCAAGCGACGAGGCUACAUCAUGGGGAUAAAUUUGGGAGAGGGCUCAUAUGCCAAAGUCAAAUCCGCUUACUCUGAGCGCCUAAAGUUCAACGUGGCGGUCAAGAUCAUCGAUCGCAAGAAAGCCCCCACGGACUUCCUGGAGAAAUUCCUUCCCCGGGAGAUUGAGAUUCUGGCCAUGCUAAACCACCGCUCUAUUGUCAAGACCUACGAGAUCUUUGAGACAUCAGACGGCAAGGUCUACAUUGUCAUGGAGCUUGGAGUCCAGGGUGACCUCCUUGAAUUCAUCAAAACCAGAGGAGCCCUGCAAGAGGAUGAUGCUAGAAAGAAGUUCCAUCAGCUCUCCUCGGCCAUCAAGUAUUGCCACGAUCUGGAUGUUGUUCACCGAGACCUCAAGUGCGAGAACCUUCUGCUUGACAAGGACUUCAACAUCAAGCUGUCUGACUUCGGCUUCUCCAAGCGCUGCCUGCGUGAUGAUAGUGGCCGACUGACAUUAAGCAAGACCUUCUGUGGUUCAGCAGCUUAUGCGGCCCCUGAGGUGCUACAGGGCAUCCCCUACCAGCCCAAGGUAUAUGACAUCUGGAGCCUAGGUGUGAUCCUCUACAUCAUGGUCUGUGGCUCCAUGCCCUAUGACGACUCCAACAUCAAAAAGAUGCUGCGCAUCCAGAAGGAGCACCGAGUCAACUUUCCACGCUCUAAACACCUGACUGGUGAGUGCAAGGACCUUAUCUACCGAAUGUUACAGCCAGAUGUCAACCGGCGGCUGCACAUUGAUGAGAUCCUCAGCCACUGCUGGGUGCAGCCUAAGGCACGAGGUCUGUCCUCUGGAGCCGUCAACAAAGAGGGGGAAAGCUCCCGGGCAACUGAGCCCUUAUGGACCCCUGAACCCACUGGUGCUGAUAAGUCUGCCACCAAGGUGGAGCCUAGGGAAGAGGCACGAUCCGAGACCCAACCUGAGACAAAACCCCAGGAAGACACUGUGCAAGUGGCCAGGCAGUCAGAGACCGUGGGCCUCAGCGGUGAAUUGAACAGGGAGACAGAGGAAGGGCACCCCCAACAGUCUUCAGAGACACAUACCUAGUGAGCCCCUUGCAAGCCCAGGGGGCCAGCAGGGAAUGAGGCACCGCUCUGGCUUGAAGCCUGAGCCUAGAAGUCAAGGGAUGAGAGAGAGAGAAGGAAGACAAGUCCCGGAGGAGCUGCUAUUUUCAUCACUUCUCCCCCCCUUUGAACUUGGUAACUCACAUGGCUAAAGAAGCAAUAAAUCACUAUAUUGAUGCAGACCCUAGUCCUGGGCUCCCCGUGGCUUCCUAUCAGACUGCAAAUCCUCAUUCAUAAGGAAAUCCAUUCCCCACCCUCUAGCCUAAACUGUACCCUCAGGUCACAAUUGAGUUAGCAGCAC